AUGAAGAAGAGCGAAGAAGAGAAAAAGCACAUCCAGGCAUUUGAAAGCACAGAAGAUCGCACCGCGCCCUCAAAGGUAAGCGAUCUUGUAAAAACAUUAGAAAAGUCCUUGAAUCCAAGCCAUUUUUUAAAUACUCGGUUUAACACCCAGAAUAUUAAACUGUGCGAGCAGCUUAUGGCAAAAAGAAAGGAGAAAAGCACUGAGGCACUGCAAAAAUCUUUCCAUGUAACUCGCAGCCAAACACGAAAUGAUGCAAACCAGGAAUAA